UGACUCCUCCCCUCGUCCCGGACACGCUGGCGGCCUCGCAGGCUUCCACGUACGCGCUCCGACGUCUCCGGAGAACGCAGCCGGGUCGCUCUGGCAGGUGCCUAGGCCCCGCCCCUUCCGGUCAGAGCUUAGCGCCACUUCCGGCCUCUCGAGCCUUUUCCGCUGCUCUCAGCCGGCCGAUUUCUUGGUCCCGCGUAGUUCCUUGCCCGUGGCUCGGCCUCUUGGCGCCUCUUCGGACUUCCGCGGCUUCUUCCCGUCCCGCAGCCCCCAGAGGCUCCGGCGGCUCCGCGCCGUGCGGCUCCAUCUUCGCGGGCGCCCGGGCCGAGGCCUGCCCCGCGGGGAACCGGCGCACCCCUGAGCGCGCGUCCUGGCGCUCCUGCUGCUGUUGCUGGCGCCCGGGCCUGGCGGCGCCUCCGAGAUCACCUUCGAGCUGCCCGACAACGCCAAGCAGUGCUUCUACGAGGACAUAGCGCAGGGCACCAAGUGCACCCUCGAGUUCCAGGUGAUUACUGGUGGUCACUAUGAUGUAGACUGUCGAUUAGAAGAUCCUGAUGGUAAAGUUUUAUACAAAGAGAUGAAGAAACAAUAUGAUAGUUUUACCUUCACAGCUUCCAAAAAUGGGACAUACAAAUUUUGUUUCAGCAAUGAAUUUUCUACUUUCACACAUAAAACUGUAUAUUUUGAUUUUCAAGUUGGAGAAGACCCACCUUUGUUUCCUAGUGAGAACCGAGUCAGUGCUCUUACCCAGAUGGAGUCUGCCUGUGUUUCCAUUCAUGAAGCUCUGAAGUCUGUCAUUGACUAUCAAACUCAUUUCCGAUUGAGAGAAGCACAAGGCCGAAGCCGGGCAGAGGAUCUAAAUACAAGAGUGGCCUAUUGGUCAAGUCGCAGCGCGUCUACAAGUCAAGGCCAUCUGCAGUCUCAACCAGCGAAGCCUGAAGCUGUCUCCUGGUCCGAUGUUGGGGAACAGAGCAAUACAGCAGAGGAGCAGACAGGAGAGCAAGAGCGAGCCGAAGUGGGAGAAGAGCUUCUCGAAGGAGAAGCAGAAGAGGUGUUCUUCAAAUUUGUGAUCCUGCAUGCAGAGGACGACACGGAUGAGGCCCUGAGAGUCCAGGAGCUGCUAGAAAAUGACUUUGGUAUCAAGCCUGGAAUAAUCUUUGCUGAAAUGCCAUGCGGCAGGCAGCAUUUACAGAAUUUGGAUGAUGCCGUAAACGGGUCUGCAUGGACAAUCUUAUUACUUACUGAAAACUUUUUAAGAGAUACUUGGUGUAAUUUCCAGUUCUACACAUCUCUAAUGAAUUCCGUGAACAGGCAACACAAAUACAAUUCUGUUAUACCCAUGCGGCCCCUGAACAACCCGCUUCCUCGGGAAAGGACUCCCUUCGCGCUACAAACCAUCAAUGCCUUAGAAGAAGAAAGUCAUGGAUUUUCUACACAGGUAGAAAGAAUUUUUCAGGAUUCUGUGUAUAAGACGCAACAAGCUAUGUGGAAGGAAACAAGAAAGAUGGCCCCAAGACAAUUUAUUGCCUGAGAUGAAGUAGGCAGCACACAGCUGCCUUCUGUUUUGCAGACCAUGCAAAUCAUUAAUCAGGUAGGAAGCAAUUUCCAAGAAAUGUUUUGAUAAAAAGGAGCUCACUCUUAUAGAAACCGAUGGAGAAAGGACUCUAGUGAGAGAAAGAUACAUUCUGGCUGGACAGUCUAUAGAACAGUGAGAAUGUUUAGUGUUUCAAUAAACUUGAGAUUGUUGCAGCUUCAUCUUUCCUCUCUUGGUUUUCCUAGUUCAUGGCUAUUGCCAAGGAUUCUCUCAAUUAGUGUUCCUUGUCCUGAACCUUGAACAACACGGAGUAUGAUAAACCUGGAAAAAUGUGAAUAACACUUUCAUUCUCUGAAUUUUGUUCUCAAAGGAACAAAGAAGAAAAUGGCUCCGCAAGGACUAACUACCCUCACUCUUGAGGCACCUGUUAUGGCACCUUGUGCUGUAACAGAGCAUUCCAGAUCCUGUCGUCCAGAAAUAUGACAGACUAUGUUUACAAUGCUGAUGAAAUCAAAAUCAGGACCUUCUCUCACAACCUUUAAAAAGUUUCCCUCACACACAGUGCUUUACUCAGGAAAUAUUUCUCUUCUACUGGCCUGGGUUGUUCAUGCGUGCAUGUUUGGAAGUUGUAGAUUAUUUCUGAAGAAGCAGUGGAAGGAAGAGCUGUAUUUUAUCACCUCCUCUUCUAGUGCUCUAGGCUCAUAACAAUCCAGAGAGGCCCCAAACAUACCUAUUCCUUUCUCUCACGGCUCUUCUGCCCAUCUGAAAUUGAAGAAGUGAUGUCAAGCACAGAUCUGGGACCAACUAGAGAAUAGUCAUGUCACCUAAUGAGAAAAAUGGGCAGGAAAUGUGAUUCUAGUCCAAUGUCUGCUGCUGGGAGUGAAUGUGAUAUUGAACAACCUUCUUGCUCUCCAUCUGUGAAAAAAAGGGUUGGAUUGAUGGGUCUCUAAAGGCUUUUGUCCUUUCGCAGGAUGCAAAAAGCUGGAAACCAGAUAAAACAACAAGCAAAGAGAUAGGAUUCUGUAAGGUGAUAUAUAAUAGUCGCAGAAGGCUUUAUAUAUGUUUACAAUGAAAGAACAUUUUUGUAUAAGUACUUUUAGUGCUGUCUAUUAUACUUUUAUAAUCGUAGUAAAGGUUGUACCUGCUUACUCAGUUUUUUAAAAUACACUUUUCAUAGGGAUCUUCAAGAAAAGACAUCCUUUAUAAUUUUUCUUUCAUUUUAUCCCCAACUUUCCGUAUCCCCCACUAGUGCUGGGGUCUGCUCCUAUCUUUGUUCAAUUCACCUGUUCAAACCACAAACCAGAAAGGUUGUAGUGAUGCCUGCAGUCAGUCAAACCUCCUGUUCUGUUAACGCUAUUGGAGGAGAAGGUUAUGUUCAUUGCCUGGCAACACUGUCUUAACCUUAACAUCCCUUUUGUCAUAGUAGCUGACUACUCACAUUCUUUCUCAGUUUUAGUAAGUAUUCACAUUUGUGCCAUAAUGCUCUCUGCAUCUCAAAUGUCUCGUAAUAAUAAAACAUUAACCACCCACUCUUCAUGCUUGCCAAGCUGAAAUUGAUGCUGGAUGAUAUUUUAUAAAUAAAUGUUUUUAUUCUUUA